UGGUAUGCUUUUUCAAUUUUAAACGCAGGGGCGCGGUGUUUAAAAUUUAAAUCAACUACCCCCAAAACGAGAACUGUUAAAUAUCGAUGUGCCUAUCGAUGAGCGAUAUAUCUCCACCUCUACCCUCUACUGUAUACGUGUCGCCUUCUUUCCUUUCGAGAUUCGAAGUAUUUGUUAUUUGGUUUUCGAGUUUCGAAGUGUCUGAAAGUGCGACUUGUGCUUCACAAAAACAAAAAAGAUGGCUCCACCUCAGAGAAUGCGCGUCGCCAACGAGAAGGCCAGCAAAUAUGUGACAAUGCGUGGCAAUGUCCCCAAAUCCUCUAAAACGAAAGAAGGACAGUACCCCGUCGGACCCUGGCUCUUGGCGCUAUUCAUCUUCGUGGUCUGCGGUUCUGCUAUCUUCCAGAUUAUUCAGUCGAUACGCGCAGCGUAAAAACUUCGCACAACCAACCACAACAACAUCAAGUGGAGACGACACCUUUUCAUGAGCAACUUUUGUAGCCUUCCCAACAACAACACCUGUCGUAGCUGAAUUGAACUCUAUAGAUCCUAAAGAACCCGGCAA